AUGGAGACUUUUGCACAAUACCCACUUGCCAUUAACGUUUCUAGUGGUGCGGAUUCGAGUCACGAAAUUCACCUCCUGGAAAAUAUGGGUGAGAUUUCGCAUGCCUUGCCGCCUCCAAAUCACUUUGAUCAAGCGAAAGCCUUGUCCGACACCCCAAUCUCUUUUGAGAAGGAGAAUCCGAUCGAUGCUGGCGUGAUUCAAGAUAAGGGAUCUUGUCAUUGCUUUUCACUGCAUGAAGUACUAAUAGCGACAAACGACUUUGAUGAUGCAUUAGUCGUUGGAACUGGAGGAUUCGGCAAGGUAUACAAGGGAUUCAUUAACGAUGGUGCUACGAACACUGUUGUUGCCAUAAAGAGGUUGAAUGCCCAGUCCAAGCAAGGUGCUGAAGAAUUUUGGAAAGAGGUAAUGUUGCUUUCAAAGUUCCAUCAUAUUAAUCUCGUUUCCCUCAUUGGCUAUUGCAAUGAGAAUCAGGAGAUGAUUCUUGUUUACGAAUAUAUAGCUUGCGGGACUCUUGCCAGUCAUCUUUACAAAUCAAGUAGAGAAGAAAGCGGUAAAAGUAUAUCUCAUCUAAAAUGGGCUCAAAGGCUCAACAUUUGCCUUGGCGUUGCACGAGCACUCGACUAUCUUCACACAGGUACUAAACAACAUAUCAUACACCGAGAUGUGAAGAGCACAAACAUUUUGUUGGACGAGAAUUGGGUAGCAAAACUUUCUGAUUUCGGGAUAUGCAAACUCAUUACAAGCCAAACAACAACCCAUGUUAGCACAAAAGUCAAAGCAACAAGAGGAUACUGGGAUCCAGAUUAUAUCUACACCAAUCGAGUAACUAGAAAAUCUGAUGUGUAUGCCUUUUGGCGUGGUGCUGUUGGAAGUCUUGUGUGGUCGAACACCUCUAGAUGA